AUGAUAGAAAGUGAGGUUUCUGAGAAAGACUGCAGUGUUAAUAUUAAGUGUCCUCAUUGUGAAAAAGAUAUCAAAACUAAUCUUGAACAUGAAUGUGGAGUCAAUACAUGGCUGGUCUGCUUUUUUUUGUGUGUUUUGACUGCGUAAAAAAUUAUCAUUAGAUAGUUGUUGUUGUUUUAUACCGUUGCUAAGUAAUAAAUUUAAGGAUGUUGUUCAUAAAUGCCCUUAUUGUAAAAAUGAAGUUGGAAUAAAAGAGUUUGAAAUGUGCUGA